AUGCCCAGCCUCCUAGAGUCCUCUGCGGAUGGCGACUUCGGGAAGAAGUCUGUCACGGCGCUGCAAAAGUUCCUAAAUCAGGAGGGUUUCUACUGUGGAGCUGAAGAUGGCGACUGGGGAAACACUACCGAAAAAGCGCUGCAGCUCUUCCUGAAAGAUGAGGGGUAUGAUGUGGACUUCAAAAGCGGUGUCCGGGAUGGUGGCGAGAACACAAAGCUGUUCCAGCAGUUCCUGCAAGAUGAGGAUCAGGAAUGCAAGCCAGACGGCUCAUGGGGCAAGAAAUCAGCCAUGGCUCUCCAGAAUUUCCUCAAGAAUGAGGAACUGAGGGAGGAGCCACCCUUGUACAAAGGUAAGGAGGACGGCGAAAUGGGCGGGAUGACCAUUUUGGCCCUCCAGAAGUUCUUGGCGCAGCGAGGUUGCGACCCUGGCCCGUUGGACAGCGGCCUUGGCAAGAAGACAGUUAUUGCCCUGCAGAAGUUUCUGGCCAUGCAGCCAGAUGUACUUGAACUCAAGCCGCCGAAGAGGAAGAAAAAGAUCCUCGUCCGAAAGGAGUUCUUCCCUUUGCUACAGCUCGGUCAUCUUGACAGACGUGUAAAAUGA